CCGAUCGCAGGCUCUGGGCCAGAUGAAAAAGGAUGAAAAAUGUAAAAAUUUGAAACAAAUUGUAAAAAGCCACGUCUUCAUCUAAAUUGAGGCAUUAUAAAUAGAUAAUUUUGUAUAUUACAUCAUUAUCAAUAAAAGGAUACGACAAUAAGGCCGUUUAAGACAGUUAUACGUGAAAAAUGCCAGCAGAAAACGAACUUGGAGAUUGGUUUAGGAGCAUACCUGUUGUCACAAGAUGGUGGUUCAGUUUGUCGGUUGUGUUCACAUUGCUCGGACGAUUUGGCGUCCUUAAUGUCAUGUACAUGUUCUUAAAUUUCGACUUGGUUGUGUAUAAAUUUCAGUUUUGGAGAUUGUUCACAUGUAUUGUGUUCUAUCCACUUUCUCCUCAAACUGGUUUUCACUAUUUGAUCAAUUUAUAUUUCCUCUACAGUUAUUCACGACGGCUGGAAUCAGGUUUAUUUGAUGGAAGGCCUGCGGAUCACCUCUUCAUGCUGAUAUUCAAUUGCAUAAUUUUGAUUAUAAUUGGCUUUCUUGUUAACCUUUUUUUCCUUAUGGAUCCUCUUGUGUUGAGUGUUCUGUAUGUUUGGUGUCAAAUCAAUCGGGAUAUGAUAGUGCAAUUUUGGUUUGGCAUGCAAUUUAAGGCAAUGUACCUACCCUGGGUUCUAGCCAUUUUCAAUAUGGUUGUUGGUGGAGGUGGUAUGAAGGAAAUUCUUGGGAUAUUUGUUGGUCAUCUCUAUUUCUUCCUUAUGUUUAAAUAUCCACAAGACUUUGGUGGAGCCAGAUUCCUAAGCACUCCUGGCAUCCUAUACAAAUUGUUACCCAACCGUCGUGGGGGUGUGUCAGGGUUUGGCAUGCCACCGGCAAGCAGACGGGCAACGGAUGAUGGUAAUGCGGGCGGUGGACGUCACGCUUGGGGGCAAGGACGACGUCUUGAUGAUGAUUAGUAACUUAUUGAAUUUUUUAAAACAUCACUGGAUUCACGAGGGAAACUAAGCUAUUACUAACCUAUGACUGACCUCUUUGGUUUUUGAGCAUAUAUUUAGUUCGUUUUUGGAACGUUUAUAAGAGGCGCAAAAAAUAUACCGCUCUUGAACUGGUAUUAAAAUAGUAAAGACAGUAAAGAAUGAUUCCGGUGAAAAAAAAAAAAACCCGCCAGAAUAUCUU